AGCACACCUUACCUCCCUCCCUCCCUUCCUCUCUUUCUUCCUACCUCUGUCUGUCUCUCCCUCUUCACUCCACAGCGACAGCAGCACUCACUAACACACCACAACACACCACCGCUGUCGCUGGCACGCUAACACACACACACACACACACACACACACACACACACACACACACACACACACACACACACACACACACACACACACACACACACACACUGAGCGGCAUCCUCAACACAGACAGAGACGCCCUUGGACUGCUGCAGGCGAGGUGAGUGGGAUGAGGUUGUGGUCAUGGGAACAGUGCGGGGAGACGGGCGUGGUCCUGUUGGGCUUCCUGACGCUGGCAGUGUCUGUGGGGAACCUGUCCACCAGGGGGCUGCAGGAGGACAGCGUGGCAUCCAACAGUCUGGAGGAGGAGCUGGAGGUGACCACGUACUGGUGGGGGGAGUGGGCCAAGUGGACAGCCUGCACUCGUACCUGUGGAGGGGGAGUGAUGUCACAGGAAAGACAUUGCCUCAAACAGAGAAAGAAAGUUGCUGCUGGGAAGGACAACAUGACCUGUACAGGAACUGCUAAGAAAUAUCAUCUCUGUAACACUAAAGAAUGCCCUGCCACUGGGAGGAGCUUCAGAGAGGAGCAGUGCUGGUCCUUCAACUCCCAGCUUUACAAUGGGAGGAACUACCAGUGGAAACCUCUGUAUCCUGACGACUACGUUCACAUCUCCAGCAACCCCUGUGACCUCCACUGCACCACAACUGAUGGCCAGAGGCAGCUGAUGGUGAUGGCGCGAGACGGAACUUCCUGCAAGUACAGCAGUUACCGUGGUGUCUGCGUGGAUGGUAAGUGUGAGCCAAUCGGAUGUGACGGAGUACUGUUUUCCUCGAACACCUUGGAUAAGUGUGGGGUCUGCCAGGGGGACGGCAGCAGUUGCAGCAGAGUCACUGGAAACUUCCGCCGUGGGGCCAUGACUCUGGGUUACUCUUUUAUCACUCAAAUCCCUGAAGGAUCAUGGGACAUCCAGAUCAUUGAGAGAAAGAAGUCGGCUGAUGUUCUAGCUGUGACCGACCAAGCGGGCAACUUCUUCUUUAAUGGGGCCUACAAGGUUGACAGUCCCCAGAAUUUUCACGCAGCAGGAACCGUUUUCAAGUACCGUCGGCCCAUGGAUGUCUACGAGACCGGGAUCGAGUACAUUGUCGCCAAAGGACCCAUCGACCAGGCCAUCAACAUUCUGGUGUGGAACCAGAACGGUCGCACACCGUACAUCACAUACGAAUACACCGUCCUCCGAGACUCCCUUCCACCUGUCCCACCUCCUCCCGUCUACACAGGAUCAGACACCUCAGCCGGGGAAGUUUCUGUGGAGGUGGGGGGUCUGCUUUCCCCUAACAACAGUAUAUAUGACCAGGCGGCUCCUGAGGGCCAGUUAGAACCAGGAGGUGCCGAGGGACAGAAGGGCCAAGAGACCAAUGAGGUGUACGAGGAAACAGCGUCCAUCGACUGUGACGUGGAUGGAGCAGCUGACCGAAAAUAUUCAGAAGGAAACAGCAGCCAUACAGGCAGCACUGCCAACCCUGCCCCUGAUGGUGGGCCCCUGGAUACGGGGCCAGACUCCCCAAAUCUCAUAUGGAGGGUCCUGCUGGAUGGCCGAAUUGGCCCUGAUGAGCUGCUCAUCAAUAUCUCAACCAAUCAGCUGCUGACGGAGGGAGACAGUUUGUUCUCGUCAGAGGUGGGACCAGCAGAGCUGGACCUGAGCAGCCUGGAGCAAGACGGCCCUUUUGGUCUGAACGAGACGCUGGAGUUUACUCUGGGUCGCAAACGCAACGACAGCGGAGACAGUUCCUACCAGAACAAAACAGUGCAGAGUGGGAGGACCUCCAGCCGCUCCAACAGAACCAGGGGAAAUCAAAGGAACUACCAUAAGAACCUGAAGCUGAGUGCUGCUGACAUGUACCGCUGGAAACUGUCCUCUCAGGAGCCCUGCAGCAUGACCUGCUCUAUAGGAGUAUCAAAGUCCUUUGUAACAUGUAUUCGUUAUGAUGGCGUGGAGGUGCACGAUAUGUACUGUGAUGCUCUGACCAGACCGGAGCCGGUCCACGACUUCUGUAUUGGGAGAGAAUGUCAGCCCAGAUGGGAGGCGAGCAGCUGGAGCGAGUGCUCAAGGACCUGUGGGGAGGGUUUCCAGUUUCGUCAAGUUCGCUGUUGGAAGAUGCUCUCGCCCGGCCUGGACAGCUCGGUCUACAGUGACCUCUGCACCAUGGCUGACCUGGAGAGACCUGUGGAGAGACGACCCUGCAAGAGCCCCGCCUGCGGUCCACAGUGGGAGGUGGCAGAGUGGACCGAGUGUCCUGCUAAAUGUGGCCGCAAAGCCCAAGUGACCCGCGAUGUCCGCUGCUCAGAUGAGACCAGACCAUGUGACGCCAUGACCAAACCACCAAACAUCAAAAACUGCACCGGUCCACCCUGUGAGCGCCACUGGACCGUGUCUGAGUGGGGGCCUUGCUCGGGGGCAUGCGGCCAGGGGAAGAUGGUGCGUCAUGUGUACUGUAAGGCUCCGGAGGGUCGCGUGGUUCCUGAGAACCAGUGCUCUGCGGAAAACAAGCCACUGGCCAUCCACCCCUGUGGGGAGAGAGACUGCGCUCCACACUGGCUGAGCCAAGACUGGGAGAGGUGUAACACAACUUGUGGGCGUGGAGUGAAGCGAAGGACCGUCUUGUGUGCCGGCAUCAGUGGAGGAAAGUUCCAGAUCUUUGAUGAUGAGGGAUGUGGAAGCAAUGAGAAGCCUGAAGAGGAAAACACCUGCUUUGAGAGGCCGUGCUUCAAAUGGUACACCACCCCCUGGUCUGAGUGCACUAAGACGUGUGGUGUGGGUGUGAGGAUGAGAGACGUGAAGUGUUACCAGGGCAGAGAGCUGGUCCGAGGCUGCGACCCCCUAACCAAACCGGUGGCCAAACAGACGUGCACCCUGCAGCCCUGCCCCACUGAGCCGCCAGAUGAGAGCUGCCAGGAUCGUCCCUCCACCAACUGCCUGCUGGCGCUGAAGGUCAACCUGUGCAGCCACUGGUACUACAGCAAGGCCUGCUGUCACUCCUGCCGCACCGUACGAUCUCCAAUCUCCUAGUCCAGGACAGCACAGCUUCUCUCCACGUCGACUCUUAACUCCAGCAUGAGGAAAGAAAUGGGUACAUUUAUGUACAUGUGGUACUGCAGUUACUCUGAACAGAGAGGAAGCUGAAAGUCAGAGAUGGAAGCUCCUACCUGUUUUUAAUAAAGCUUCCUCCAAUAACUUGGAUUUAGAUGGGUUCAUUUGUUCAUCAGUUUGAGAAUUGAAAUCAUCUAAAAUUAAAUCGGGUCAUCUUGAUAUUCGACAAAAACAUUUUGUCAGUCCUGUUGAUAACAUCAACAGCAACAUUCGUACAUAAAAUGUAAACACUUAUUCUCCAUUUGCUCUUUUUCUUAUUUCAUAUCAGUUUCAUUUUCCAAACACAGACUGUAAUGUGUGUCUGGUUUAUUUAGAAUAAAUAGAGAAAGAACUGGACGAAAAACUAUUUUUAUUUUGAGAAGAACAUGUCUACUACUCAAGACUGCAUGUUGAGCCCCACAGCUGCCCCUCCCCUCACUCCUUCACACCAUCACAUGAUUAUUAAAUUUUAAAAAUUCUCAUCAAACUGUAUCUUUACCAUAAAGGCAGUUGUUAUCAGCUGUUAUUGAUUAUUUAUCUUCCUCUAACACCAUGUGGAGUUGGAGAAAAAGUGGAGUCAACACUCAAACGGUCUUACAGACCUCCAUCAUCAGCUAGCAGCGUGCUCUUGUGUUCAUCGCUGCAGUGAAAAGAUGUAUUAAAUUAUUUCUCAACGGAAUAUACUGCAUGACUAGAAUAUUUAAUACAGAUACUGUUUAUGAAAUAUUAUUUAAUUGUGUUUCAGUUUGGUGUCUGGCAUGUAAAAAGUUAUAUUUCCAUUCCACCCCCUGCCGCUUGGCGCCAUGCCGGUACGCCUGCAGGAUAUGGAAGCAUAUUUAUUAGUCAUAGCACAUUUUCAUUUAUCGUGACGCUCCUGAUGCCAGCCGAUGGUUAUUCAUCGGGUCAACUGAUGCCAGUUCUGGUCUGUGUGUGUGACAGAGGAGCAGAGAGUUAAUACAAACACAGAAAGAAACAUUCCUGACACUUGAAGUAUGGUUGAAAUGUAUUCAGACGUGUACAUGUAUGUCUCAUUUUUAACUAUUGUGUACUGUGUUUUUAUAUUACUGAUACCUCUUUGUACAAAACUAAGUAUGGAAAUUGUGUACUGUUGAUAAUAAACUGAAAACCUAAUGGUACUGACUUGUAUUUCAAUAAAAGAACAGUUCAAAUGAA